AUGGCUCUCCCGACGAAAGGACGCGUUAUAAUCGAGACGACGUUUGGAGAGAUUGAUAUCGAACUUUGGGCGAAGGAAACACCAAAAGCAUGUCGAAACUUUAUAGCACUCGCUCUGGAGGGGUACUAUGACGGUGUGAUCUUUCACCGGGUCGUACCCGGAUUCCUGGCGCAAACGGGUGACAGGACUGGGACGGGGAACGGUGGAGAGUCAUUUUACGGCGACGAAAUCCACCCCCGACUGCGGUACACCCACCGAGGUCUCGUAGGGAUGGCCAACAACGGAACGAGACACUCCAACGAUUCGCAGUUCUUCAUCACGCUUGAUAGAGCAGACGAAUUGCACGGUAAACAUACGUUGUUCGGGCGGGUAGUUGGUGAUACCAUCUACAAUGUGAUGAAACUCUCAGAACUGGAGUUGGACAAGAACGGUCGACCGGUGUACCCACCAAAAAUAAAAUCCAUCAAAAUCAUCGACAACCCCUUUGACGAUAUCAUCCCGCGUAUAACUGCAGCUGAGCGACGCGCGCAGCAGAGGGCUAGAGAGGAGGCGCAGAGGGCGCGGGAGGAGGAGGUGAGGAGGCGGGGUGCUAAGAAGAAUACCAAGCUGUUGAGUUUUGGAGAGGAGGAAGGCGGGGAGGAAGAGGAGGAGGUUGUAUUCAAGAAGAAGCCGAUUUUUAGACCUGAUCUGGCCGAACCUGAACCCUCGAUCCCGAGUGUAGCCGUCGUACCUGAUUUCGUGGUUAACCCUGCUGUUGCUGCCGGUAAGGAUGAUGGCGAUGAUAAGCAGAAACAAAGAGAGAAGGAAAGAGAGAAGGACAAGGAGAGGAAGGCGUCGGAAGAUCCAGCGCCUGAAAAAGCAUCCAAGAAAGAGAAGAAGAGGAAAGAUAAAGGAGGGGAUGGGGAUGGGGAUGAUAUUACGAAGAUUCGGGAGAAGCAUGCGAUGGAGCAGAUGAGUUCUAGCGACGCCCGACGCGCCCAAAUAGCCCAAAUGGAAGCCGAGAUCAAAAAGAUGACUCGACGCUACGACUCUGACGACUCUGACGACGACAUGCAGAAGAAGAAGAAACCCAAGAAAUCGUAUUUGGAGGAAGAGUUGGCCAAGUACACUUCGAAGAGUAAGGGUGUUGUGGGAGGUGGGAAGAAGGGGAGGAAGAAGGAUGAGAGUGAUGUGUUGGCUGUGUUGGAUGGGUUUAGGGAUAAGUUGAGGAGUCGGAUGGAGGUUGAUGAUGAUGAUGGUGGUGGUGAUCAGGGGAGGGACGAAAAAAUGGGCGGGGAAGGUGGAGGUCAAAAUGAACCAGGCGAAGGGGGAGGAGAGGGAGGAGAGGGAGAGGAUCCGCCGAUGGAAGUGGACAAUGACUUUGGGUUCCUUACGCAUUCGUUGCAUUUCCCCAAGGGGAAUGAGGAGGAGGAGGAGAAGGCGGAGAGGGAGUAUGAGGUUAUUGAUCCCCGGGCUAGAGGUGCGAAGGCGAGAGAGGAGGAGAGGGAGAGGAAGAGGAUUAAGACUGGGAAGGGGGGUGGGAGUGGUAGUAGGUAUGGUGGAGGCGGUAGGGGAGGGGCGGGGUAUUAUAAGGAGCGUGUGGAGGAGAGGGAUAGGGAUCGGUCCAGGCGCUGA